CUUUAUCCAUUCUUGAAUCUCUGAUUUCACCCCCACUCAUUCACUCUCUCCUCCCACCCAAACCAGCCUCCUCCUCCCCUGGUCUCUCACCCCCCGAAUCUUGUUACUGUCUGUUGCAACAAGCCUGCUUUGCUUUGUGUGCUCACUGAAUCAUGAUGUCUCCGUGCUGCAUCUGGGGGCUCCUCUUGUUCCUGUCCCUGACAUCUGGAUGGACCAAGGCGCAGCAGACCAACAACACUAGGCCUGUGUUCUACUGUGGAGGAGACCUGGUAGCAGAAUCAGGAUUUGUUGGCAGUGAAGGAUUCCCAAACUUCUACAAACCCAACAGCAAAUGCAUCUGGCGUAUUACCGUCCCAGAGGGGAAUGUGGUCACGCUCUCCUUCCGCAUUUUUGACCUGGAGGCCGACUCACAGUGUCGAUAUGACUACCUGGAAGUUUACAACGGCCAUUCCAACGGGGUACAAAAACUGGGGCGCUUCUGUGGAACUUUCCGGCCAGGAGCUCUUAUUUCAAGCACAAACACAAUGAUGCUAGAGAUGAGGAGUGAUGGAGAAACACAAGGUCGAGGAUUUGUGGCCUAUUUUAGUGGAGCAAAGCCUUAUGUCAAUGAUGAACAGUUCUGUGGGGGAAAGAUGACAAAAUCCCAGGGAGAGAUCAAGACACCCAACUGGCCUGAUAAUAAGUACCCUCCUGGGAUCAGCUGCUCUUGGAUAAUCACGGUAGAACCUAACCAGGUCAUCCAGGUGAAGUUUGAAAAGUUUAUUCUUGAGGCUGACACCUACUGUCGCUUUGACUAUGUGUUAUUUUUCAAUGGCGGAGAGAGGGACGAUUCACGCCUCAUUGGAAGAUAUUGUGGUGAUCAGACCCCAGAACCAAUUAUUACCAGUGGGAAUAUGCUUCUGGUCCACUUUGUGUCUGACUUCAGUGUACCGUCUGAUGGAUUCUUUGCCUACUACACCAGCAUCCCACGUGGGUCUCAGUCAGCAACAGUUGAAUCAGGAGCCAGAACGGUAUCUGUCCCCUCAGUACCUGUAAUCAAACCUGCAGAACCCGAACGCCCUGUUGUCCUACGCAUCACCACCACUACCAUUCCUACCACCUCCACCAUCCCUACUACCACCAAAGCCCGUGUCUCAAGGCCAAAUGGGAAGAGGCCUGUUCUUCAAAAUCCUCUCUGUGCCAAAGCCUGUAAAAGAACUGGAACCAUCAAGACCGCUUUCUGUUCCAGUGAAUUUGUGAUAACUGGGAAGGUGAUGUCUCUGACCCCUGGACCCCGAGGCACUCUUCACAUUAAAGUCUCCCUCAUCAAGGCCUACAAGGCAGGUCGUCUGACCAUCACGCAGGUUGGAGAGACCAUGGCUGUGAAGCUGGUGUCCCAGUGCAAGAAAUGCCCCUUGCUCCGCAGAGGUGCCAACCACAUUAUCAUGGGUCAGGUGGAUGAAGAAGGGCGUGGUACCUUGGCACCUGGUGCAUUCACAGCACCUUACAAAACCCAGCAAGACAAAUUACUGAUGAAUAUCAACAACCAGCCUUGUUAACCUUACACAUCUCCCCCAGACACAAACUCAUGUCCACCUAAUGUGAGCUUUACGGAAGCACAAUAAUACAUCUUCAAAUUUAUUCAGUACUUCAUAAGAUUUCUAAUAUUUUAUUAAAACUCAUGCAAAACCUUCAAGUUGUACUGUAUAUAAAUAUAUAAAUAAAGGUUGUAUAUCUU